AUGGCGAACGCCGGCGUCGAUGGGCCGACCAAUCCUUUGGUGACACCUCUUCUCACGGAUCUCUAUCAGUUUACUAUGGCCUAUGCUUACUGGAAAGCCGGGAAACACGACGAACGAGCUGUGUUCGACUUGUAUUUUCGGAAGAACCCCUUCGGCGGUGAAUAUACAGUUUUUGCUGGUCUAGAAGAGUGCAUAAAGUUAAUUGCUAACUUCAGAAUUGGAGAGGAUGAUAUUGCUUUUAUCCGAGCAUCCUUGCCUCCGUCAUGUGAGGAUGGCUUCUACGACUACCUUCGAGGAAUGGAUUGUUCCAAUGUGGAGAUACAUUCCAUUUCUGAAGGAUACGUUGUAUUUCCAAAUGUACCCUUAAUGAGGGUUGAAGGACCAAUAGCUGUGGUUCAACUGCUUGAGACCCCACUUUUAAAUCUUAUCAAUUAUGCAUCGUUGGUAGCUACAAAUGCUGCAAGGCAUCGUUUUGUUGCUGGGAAGUCCAAACUUCUUCUUGAAUUUGGGCUGCGAAGGGCUCAGGGACCUGAUGGUGGUAUAGGGGCAUCAAAGUAUAGCUACAUGGGUGGAUUUGAUGCUACAAGCAAUGUUGCUGCUGGGAAAUUAUUUGGAAUCCCACUCCGUGGAACACAUUCCCAUGCUUUUGUCAGCUCAUUUAUGAGCCCUCAUGAGAUCGCUGAUAAAUUGCUUCAUAGUUCUGAUGGUUCAAAUGCUUGCGAGGAUUUUGUUAGUUUGGCUCAAACAUGGUUAAGGAAAUUAAAGGUUUUGAAAAGUGGUAUUCCUAAUUUUUGUGCAGUUGCUCUAGCGCUAAAAGAUUUAGGGUAUAAAGCUGUAGGCAUUAGAUUAGACUCUGGUGAUCUUGCCUAUCUGUCAUGUGAGGCCCGGAAAUUCUUUCGGGCUAUUGAGAAGGAAUUUGGAGUGCCUGAUUUUGGAAAUACAAGCAUUACAGCUAGUAAUGACCUUAAUGAAGAAACAUUAGAUGCUUUAAACAAACAGGGUCAUGAAGUUGAUGCAUUUGGAAUUGGAACUCACUUGGUUACAUGCUAUGCUCAACCUGCUCUAGGUGUUGUUUUUAAGUUAGUGGAAAUAAACAAUCAGCCUCGCAUAAAACUUUCUGAAGAUGUUACAAAGGUUUGA